CGGCAAUGCUUCAAAUUCGGCUUAGGAGGGAUUCUCCGACGGAGACUGGAAGUGGAGCGAGACCUUCUCCGACGGAAACAGUGACUGUAGCCUGUCCUGACCACCUCGUCCUCGCCGAUCUUCCCGUCGCGAAAGGGAUCGGUUCCGUGACUCCCACCACCGUUAUCAAGCCCGUCGGUCGCCGUUCUCGCCGCCAGUUGGGAGAGAGAGUUCAUUUCUGCGUUCGUUGCGAUUUUCCGAUUGCAAUCUAUGGUCGUCUGAUUCCUUGCGAUCAUGCCUUUUGCCUCGAAUGUGCUCGCAGUGAUUCCAUCUGCUAUCUAUGUGAUGAACGGAUUCAAAAGAUUCAAACAAUCAAGAUGAUGGAAGGAAUCUUCAUCUGCGCAGCUCCUCAUUGUCUCAGGUCUUUCCUGAAGAAACCUGACUUUGAAGCCCAUGUCCAUGAGCUCCACGGCAGCCUAUUACAAGCCGAUGCAGAGAAAGAUGACGGUAACGAGUCAGACGUUCAGAGCACAAAGCAGCAGUCUUCAGCUUCAGAGUCCACAUUACGAGGCCCCUUAAGAUCCCAGCAGCCGUUACUACACAGGUCAGCAUCCUUGUCAAAGCCACAACCUGGAUUUGGUCAGGUCCAGAAUUACCCCGCAGAGGGCGACAACUCUCGUCCUCCGGGAUUCGAAACCGCUAGUCCUAAACCGGGAAUCCGCGGAACAGAACAGGGUUCGCUGCUCGGGUAUCCGCCUGCACCAAUGAUGAAUAUGAAUUUCCAAGGAUCUUAUCCUCCUCAGUCGCCAUGGAAUCCCGGAAUGGCGCCGCCUCAGACGAGCCAGCAGGUUAAUAGGGGCAGAGACGGUCAAGGUUUUGGGUGGCAACAAGAGAACCGUGAUGGCUUUGGGCAGGAG